AUGGCUCAUGAUACUUCUCAGAAUUAUUCGAGCAUGAUUGAUAAGAUUGUUGUCACUUCUCAAAACUAUGCUGUCACUCUUCCAGUCCUUUAUCGUGCCUUAACUGCGAGUGUUCAUGUUUCGAGUGGAAGUUUACAUAAGGUCACUUCUAACUUGGCAACAGCAUUGGGAGAUACAAUUCUAGAACAACAACAAGAAAUAUCACAAUUUGGAUAUGUCAGAACCAAGACAUUUGACAACUCUCAACUCAUGUUAAAUAUCAUUUCCCAAAUGAUUACAUUCAACGGAACAGAAAAUGUGAGAGAAAAGUUCACCUCAUUACUUUCACAACAGGUAAUUUCUCAAAGUUCCUCUCUUUCCAAUGGUCGUCUCAAUCCUUCUCUCGUUCUCAAUUCAAAGAAUGUCAAUAUUACUCUUUCAAAAGUGAUUGUGGAUGCUUCUGUUGACAGUGCUACCAUCGAAAAUAAUAGUUCAUACGGAGAUAUUUCAUUAAGUUUGAAGAGCACAAAUGGAGCACCACAAACACUUUCACCUCGAAAUAUUGGACUUUGCUUUGUUUCUCUAGUCACCACAGAUCAAUUUUUACCUCUUGAAGCAUCAAGUAAUACUUUGAAAUCUCUUUCUAACAUUUAUGACUUUAAAUUUUAUGAAAAUGAUCAAUUGGUUAUUUUACAAAAUUUACAAUCACCCAUUAUUUUGAAAUUCAAAGCGAUGGAAAAUACAAGCACAUCAUCUCAGAAACAAUGGAUUGCUUGUAAAUAUUGGGACGAGGUCAACAGAAAUUGGAGUUCUAAUGGGUGCCAAUUUGCAGGUCUCGAAUCGGCAACCAAUAGGUUGAUUUGUCAUUGUUCUCACACGACCAAAUUUUCCACAUUUUUAGAAUUUAACAUGACACAAAUCAAUGACGAAUAUGGUAUCGUACGUUCGAAUAUUAUUUCUCUAUUCACUGCACAGAUCGCAUUUGGAUCGUUCUUCGUGUUAUGUUGUUUAGUCAUUUUUAUAUUUCUCAUUAUUUUCCGCAAUCAACAACCAGUGAAGAGUCGAUUAGUGACACCUUACUUGGGAAUUUUAGCAUUAUUUGUAGAAUCUGUACUCAUUUAUGUGACUCAUCGAUCCUUAAUUGUUGCCAAAUUCACUCAACCUAUUCCAUUAGAAAUUGAUGAAAAUUCAGAUGCUUCCUAUUUCAAUCAUAUUGCAACCAUAUUGGUGAACACUCUCAAUUUAACAGCAAUUUUCUCCUAUUUAUUACAAGUGUCACGAAUUCAAUUCAUGCAACAUCUCUAUAGAAAAUUACAAUUCAAUUAUCAUCAUGAACCAUCCAAUAGGAAAACAUCAUUCCUCAUUCGAAUGCUACGAAUCAUGACUUCAAAAACUCUCUUUUUCACCAGUUUAUUCAUUUUCGCAUUGAUCAAUAUAUUGUAUUGGACCUUAUGGGUGGUGUUGAGAAGAGUUUCAACCACAAGUACCAUUUUCAAUCCUAAAACCUAUGUUUCUAUUGUAUCCAUUUCAUAUGCAGUGGUGAUAUUAUUUUGUAGUGCAGUCAUUUCAUUGAUCUUGUGUUUGGAUUUUAUUCCAUCCUUAAUGAGAGAAGUGAAAUUUCAUUCGUCAUUGAACAAUUUGGAAUCAUCCAAUGAAGCUUCACAACAAAAGACAAAGAAACACAAUGUCCUGGCUUUAAAACCUUUGAGACCUAUUUGGAAUAUGGAUCGACCAUUGUACUUUAGAAUGGAAAUGAUAUUAUACUUGAUCAUGUUUGUGUUUUUGAUGGUUCAACAGGGAUUGGGAUUAGGAUGUGCCUUGUUUGAACGUUUUUGUGUGAAAGAGUUUUCUGUUGAGAAUUUAUAUGCUUGGAAAUAUUUGCAACGUUGUAAAGACAAACUCUUUGGCCAAGAUAUCUCCGUCAUCACUGAAAUUGUUCUCACUCUGAAUGACAAUUAUUUGCAAAGCGGAGCGGAAUACGAACUCAACGUACCAUCAUCCCUUAAAUCUCAAUUUAAAGUGCUGAGAUUGGCUCUGCAAGAGGCGACAACAUUCGAAAGCAAACACAAAGAAUUGAUUGAGAAGGUUUACUCGGACCUCAUUGAGAAUUUGCAAAUGAACUUGGGUGACACAUUCUCAAGAUACGAGAACACAGCUGAAUAUCUUUCAUAUAAGGAAAUUCAUUCCUUGCAAUUUGAGCUGAAUUCCAAUGUCAAGAUUGUGGAAGAAUAG